CGUGUCUUAGUUGCCAUACAAAACCAAAGAUUCAGAAGUGUCAGAAUCAGACAAAAGAAACUUAUUUGCUAGCAAGUAGUUCGACAAAAGUUAGGUAUGUCUACACCGUGUGCAAGACAAGCUGCAAAUGUGUCCAUGAGGCGGAUAAAUCAGUGUGGUGGGCUCGCAAGGUCCCCCAACUCGCAGAGGUCACCUAACCAGGGACAAGUACUGUACAGUAGAAACGCUACAAAUACAACAGCCAGUGUAGGAUCAAGAAAGAUACCCAAGGUGCUGCUGGCAGGUGGUGGAGUGAUGGCGGCCACUAUAGCGCUGGGAUUGACUCAAACUCAAGUGGCACAAGCAACCGUAGUCGAGGACAGGAUACAGGGCGUGGUACAGUACGUUGAUGGUCUCUAUGACAGCAACAAAUGGAAAGAGGCUCUCACAUAUCUGGAGCAACACAAAGACACUAACAACCAUGAGCUGCUAUGGAGACUAGCACGGCUAUGCUAUAAGGUUGGCAAGUAUCACAGCUCUGGGCCGGAAGAGUCGAGACAGCUGUCCGUGAGAGGAAUGGAGUACGCUGACAGAGCUGUGAGGGCGGGGCCCAACAACUUUGCUUGUCACAAGUGGAAGGGGGUGCUCAUUAGUUAUUCCUCAGAGUUUGACGGCUACAAGAAAAAGAUUGAGAGGUCCUUUGACAUCAAAGACAGUUUCAAGAGAGCUAUUCAACUGAAUCCCAAUGACCCCACUUGCAGACACUUACUGGGACAAUGGUGUUACGGAGUGUCCUCUGUUCCCUGGUAUCAGAAGAAACUGGCCACCAUGAUAUUUGCAACACCUCCAAACUCAGACUUUGAAGAAUCACUCCAACACUUCCAGCAAGCGGAACAGAUUGACCCUGGUUUCUAUCCUAUGAACUGGCUGUAUAUUGGCAAGAGUUUGUUGCAGUUGGGUCGAGUGGAAGAGGCUGGUGACUGGCUACGCAAGGCAGCUAACUAUCAGAGCCAACUGGGAGAUGAUAUCGAGGCAAAAGAAGAGGCGACAGGUUUACUGAAGAGAUUAGGACUAUCACUGUCUUAGAGUUCCUAGCAACCAUUGCAAUCAUUUGGCACACUAUUAUUAUGUUUAUUUUCAUUUGCACACUGUUUAACAUUACUAUUUAUUAUUCUGAA